AUGGACGUGGACGGGGUAGGGGAGGCAAGCUCGCAGGACACCCUGUCUGGGCAGCCCGACUCGCAAGGCAGCUUCUCGAGUAUGGACCUGGACGAGGAGGGCGAGGCGGAGAGCGGCCCUGCGCCUGACGAGGCGGGCGAGACGAAGGAGGGCGACGGACAAAGUCGCGGCACAGGGGGUCCGGAAAGCGGCGGCGUCGACUACAAGGGGAUCGAGCAGGUCUCGGGGCGCCACUUCCAGCACGUCGCCAACAACGCCCUGCAGCAAGACAUGUUCGACGCCAUCGUCAACGACCCGAAGGUACACCUGGCGACGCGAGCGCACUUCCGCUCGACGAAGCAACUCGGGGCAGGCGCGGUGCUCGGCAUCGACGUCGUCCACAAGGACGUCGAGCUGAACGACAAGGCGUGGCUCCACGAGGCGCAGGGCUACCUCAACCACCCCAAGGGCGCCAUCACCCUCGCCACGCGCUGCGUCGGCGUGGGCCCUAACUCGGUGUGCAUCUACCACCGCACGAGGCUCCCGGGGUGCGUCCCGUGCGACAUCGGCGAGGCGCGAGUGCCGCGCACGCUGUCGCUAUUCGAGCACCUCAGCGGCACGCACUGGGACGGAUGCAACUACGGCGGCUGGUUGGCCACGGGGCACGCAUCCCUCAACACUCACGUCACGAACGUCGCACGCGCCUUCGGCGCCUCGGCAAAGGUCAUGGAGGUGAGGCUCGGCUGCAGGGACCCGACGCGGGCGCACGAUCCGGACACCAACCCGUACCAGCGGGGCGACGGCGUCUUCGGCAACUAUGCAGAGUCGGCACGCGCCGUGGUGUACGACGGCACGUGCGUCACCGCGGUGCACCAUGACAGGCUGCGCCCGCUGGCGAGCGGCAAGCGCCUAGCCACCGAAUACGCCGAGGAGACGAAGCGGAAGGCCAAGGCAGCGGCGUGCGACGCCAAAAACUGCGACUUUAUGACGUGGGCGGCGAGCACGCGCGGCGGCAUCGGGCACGAGGCGGCGACGUGGUUCAACACCAACUUCGACAUCAAGGCCGCUAAGGCGUCCUCCGACAGCGAACGAUGGCGGGUCAGUAGCGAGCGCAAGCGCUUCCUGCAAGUGCACUCGACCAUCGUCGCGAGGCGCAACGCCGCCAUCUUCGACUACAACGCGUGGCCGAAGAUGGGCGGCGAGAUGCCGCGGGCGCCUCGAGAGCAGUACGAGUAG